UUCGGAACGUCUUGUUCUUUUUUCAAGGCUGAAAAUAAAGCAUUUAUUAAUCAUAAAUAGAAACAUUAAACAUUGGAUUUCAUACCUCAUCAUACAAUUAAUAAAAUAAAUAUAUUUAAAAUAGUUAGUCAAAGUGAAGAAUAAACAAACGGUUUCGACGUAUGUCAGUCAGAUUAAAAACAAAAAUCGGAACUACAUAUGUUCUAGUGCGAUGUAUCAUUGACAAAUAUUUUCAAAUUUAGCCUCGCCUUAUUCAACUAUUCGAACCAGCAAAUACACAGCACAAAAAUAAAAACAAACACAAACACAAGAGGCGAACAUCAAUCUGGCGACGAACACGAAAUUGCUAUCCAUUAGGAUAGUGAAUAGUACAGAACAUCUAAUAAAGUUAUCUCAAAUAUUAACAGAGCAAUCUAUCAAUAAUACAUCUAAGAAUGUUUUUUCAGUCGUUUAGAGUCACUCUAAUCUAAAUAAUUACCGAAAGGUAAAAGUUCAUCAAUGAAAAAAAUGAACCGACGUAAAAUCCGGCCAGUUCGGCGGACAUUUCCACACCUGGCGCCGGCGAAAAAUCCACACAGGCCGGACCUGACGCAGUGGAAAACAUCGGUAGAUUAGGGGUAUAUCCUAUAUCUGAACGAGCACCUGCCAAAAGUCUACAUUCCAAGCCCAGCACGACUGUAACUUCUCACACUCCCAGUCCGGAGACGAGACUGCUGGCGCCAAUGCACGGCGCCUACGAUCCGCCUUCAACCUUUUACAACACAAUAUCCAUGUCGACUUAGUGUUCUUUGGACCUUCGCGUUGGUAACUUGGUCGUAAAUCGGCCUCUCUGCUGGAACGUCGACUCUCUCAUCAUCAUUCUGAAACAAUACGCGAAGUGCAACAUCUGGUCGGCUCCGCUCGAUUUCUGGUCCACCGAUUCCGGAUAGAAGCAACGUGAAAUGUGCUGAGGAAAAGUUCGAACUUGGAAACGUGAAAAUUGGACUGUUACUUGUGAUAUUUUAAAUGCAUUUUCUUGUAUUAUGACGUAUGGUUUAAGGACACUAAGUUGUUUAUCAGAAGAUACCAUCAUGUCGAAGGCACGUGACGUCGACUUCGGCUCCGCAGAAGAAGAAGAAUUCUUCGAGGACAUCCACUCCCCCACAGACAAUAGCGAGGACAGUGUCGAGGUGAAAGUCAUCCCCAUCUCCUCAAGAAACAAGAGAAAAUGCUCCGAACCCCGCAAAGUGCCCGAUAAGUUCACAGGACCCCUGAAAAAACGCAUGUGUCUGAAGGUCCAGUCGGAAAAACUUUCGGAAAAACACAGUGAGAGUGCGCCCUUCCGGCCCUGGAGCCCCAAGGCGAAACCGGAAGCCAAAAGGCCGGAAGUUAACAAUAUAGUAGCGCCAGUUGUUAAAUCGGAAAAACCUGACUGUGACUCGGUGAUCGGACAAAGAUUUGUGGUGCCUCGAAUGCCAGUUUUACACCCUUACGGUUUUACCAACCCUGUGGACAUACCUAGGAUGACUAACGGGUAUUUUAGGCCACCCUCACCUGUGAAAUUCGACGCUGAUGAACCAGUAGCUUUAAUCAAGAAGUGCCAGAAGACUGAGAUUAGUGUUAAGAAGGAAGUGGAGAUAAGCUGUUCAAGUUCAUCAAGGCAGGAUAUACCUAGGGUCCCUUUACACCCCCAAGCUUCUUGCAUGUCUUCAAUGGAUACUGAAAGAAUGAUUUUAACAAGUUCUGAAACCUUUCCAGCUUUAAAAAGACCAGACAGCAACUGUGGGAAAAGAGAGCAAAGGAACUACAAGAAUAUGACAAGAGAACGAAGAAUAGAAGCGAACGCUAGAGAAAGAACCAGAGUGCAUACUAUAAGUGCAGCAUUCGACACUUUAAGAAAGUCCAUACCUUCCUAUUCCCACAACCAAAAACUUUCAAAAUUAUCUGUGUUAAGGAUAGCGUGCUCGUAUAUAAUGACCCUGUCCAAUAUAGUCAAGGACGAUGAUCCAGCCCAAGUAGCUGAAGGGGUGAAUACGAUCACCAAGACUAUACAAAAAGAAGGAAAACUUCGCAAAAAACAGGAUGACAACGAUUGAACCAUAAAAGCUUGAAUCUCCACGUGCCAUACUGCUACUGGUCGAUGUUGAACAUUUCGAGUAUUCCUAGAAAAUAACGUUAAUGUAGAUAAGAUACGAAUUAUGUGAAUCUCCAAGUGCCAAAUUGAGGAUAUUUCCUAUAGUCCGUGAAGGAAGAUAAUAAAGUGACAAUAAUGAUGUCUAAGUUCAAAAUCUGGUCGAAUAGAACGUUGUUCCUAUAUUUGUAUUGUGUAAAUUUCCAAAAAUACUCAAACUAUUUUGGAUAGAGUCUUGCCAAAAGUUCUGUGAAAUUGUAUAUAGAUAUAUCGAUAUUGUAAAUACUGAAUUGAAAUUUUAUUUAUUUAUAAAUAUAUACAGGUUGAUGUUAAAA